AUAAUUUAUGUUAGGUAGACAGAGUACGAUGGUUAAUGUAAACAACAUGAUGAUGCUGUUAGAAGAGCCCAUGUUUCUUGAUAAAAACAGUUUUAAACGUGGUAUUGAAUCAUAAGAGAAUGCUAAGACACUAGAACGCAUUGGACAGUUUUCCAUAGAAGUGACUACAGGUCACGCUACACCAGCGAUAUAUAUGAAGUUCAACUGAAGCAGAAUCCUAUAGUUUAUCGAUCAAAAUCUCUUUAAAUUCCAAAUUUUUUACGAAGAGACUUUUUAUCUGCAGUGAAUUUUGACUGCCAGCAAACGAUAAAAACCGAGGCUCACUUUCUAUCUACUGCAAUUCGACGAAAUGAGCUCUGUGAAAAUCCCAAAAUGGAUUGGGCCUACUUUGUGUCCAGUCGUUUUUAUUUUAUUAAUAGCGGCAGUUUGUUUUUAUUACUGUUACUGGAAGCCAAGAAGAGAGAAAAACAAGGAAAAGAAAGAAGCUGAAAAUAAGCAGGUAAAGGAGAAAAUGAUUUCACCCUCGCUGUCCCGACAGAGCCCAGGAAGUGGGGGCAAAAAUACUCCUCAUGUACACGAAGAAAUGACUUAUGAAUGUGGGUAUUAUGACUGCGAACCAUAUACAACCUAUGAACCAUAUUGUAUGGAUUAUUGUCCGCUUCCAAGAAGUGGCUUGAGUUAUUGCGUUCAAUAUGACAGGCCCAAAUUUGUUUACUGCCCCACUUCAUAUCACGCUAAAUCACGCGAUACAGCAGUUCAAUCGAAAUGCAAGGGUACUGACAAGAUAAGAAAGUGCAGUCGAGUCCGAUGCCCGAGAGAAGAGUGCAUAAAAUGCCCUAAUCUUCCAAUGAUUACAGAGGGAAAUUCAACUCUUUCACUUUGCGAUGAAAAGGAGGAGGAAGAACAUAAAGAGCCCUUUACUACAAAUGUAGUAGGUACAGGUUUGAUAAUUAAAGAUAGUGAAAAUGAACAAAUGGUUGUUGAAGGCAGAGAAAACCUAGAUGUGAAGACUGCUAGUGUUAGUGGUCAGGAGGAGAAUACAUCUAACUGCUGUAGGGACAGUGGGUUUGAGGAUCAUCUGCUGCCAUAGAAUCUUCACAUUUGAUACAUUGGUGAACUCAGCAUCAAUAGCACCCACUUCUCACCUUUUGAGGGACUGGUCAUCAAGUAAAAAGGAGGGUGGGCUAUAAAAAGCACUUUGUAGAUCAGGGCAAGUCACUCGUUUUUGAGCCUCAAAUAAUAUAAGGAGUGGGUUAUGAGAAAAUCAGCUUCUCACUAGACCAGGUUUUUGUCUUUUAGUAAUUGAAAUUUUGUGCCCCCGGCCCCCCCCUCCUUACUUUAUGAACAGUUUCUUAGGCCACCCAUGCAGGUCAGGGUCUGGUUGUAUGAAAGAUGAAUAAUAGUGCUAUCCAAUGGAUCCAGUGGAUAUGUUGAUACUGUUAUCCAAAGGUCUUAUAAUACACCAUAAACUUAGAGGUAUUUAUAUAGUGAUAGAGUGCAAGAUAAUAAAUUUGUCCAGUAGAUAAGUUUUAUAAGGUGGAUACACCCUUCGUACAAUCGGGUCCUGGUCUUAUUAGUAUAUGUAAUUAGGACUCCAUGCUGUCCAAUUAAGAAAUAAUUGGACGAGGAAAAUUCCAAGGACUGACAAARUUGGAUGAUGAGGCCGUAGGCUGAGACCAAUUUGGAAGUCAGAGGAAUUUUUCAAGUCUAAUUAUUUCUUGAUUGGGGAGCAUGAAAUCCCAUUACCUAUUAAUUAUAUAGCUGCCUAAUUAAUCCCAUAUCAACAAGACCUGUCCAAUUAAGAAAAUAAUUGGACAGUUACCUAUAUGGGAUUAAUGAGAAUCUGUAUAAUUAGGUUAGGUAAUAGUUCAGUUGGGAGAGCUAGUACAGCUUAAAAGGACUGAAGCUGAAAUUUGGUUCAUUAUUCAAUGCACACCUUUUCACUGCCUGCUUUUUUUUAUUUCGAAAUUUUGCUUAAUAUAUAUGAUUUUAAUUAACCUUAUUUUUAUUUUAGUAGGAGAAAUACACAAAGUAUAGACACCUUGUACUGCACAUUCCCUUCCAGGGGGUCAAAACAAUAAAAUAAUCACAACAAAAGGAUUUUAAUCCUCAAGAGAAGUGAAA